UGAGAAUUGCGUAGGGUGAUGAUUCUAGAAGAGCGUGCCACAUGCAGAUUCUUUUCUCGAGGCACGUAUUCCGUAGAUAGUUAUGCAUGGAGUCGAAGUGAGGCCCAGGAUGACCAGUUGUGGGAAGGGACCCACUUGAAGGUUUGCGCCUGGGCGCCUCCCCAGCCAAAAUCGUCCCGACAGCUGCCGCCCUACCUCGCCUUUUUGGAACGUCUCCCGUCCGCCGUCGUCCCCAUCCAUGCCCCAUGUUCCCUCCACCACCCGCUUGUCCCCCGUCUCCGCCAGCUCUUUCCUUCCUCACAUCACAGCCGGCUAUCUUCAAUAUCCCUUCACCUCGUUGCCGCCUCCGCGUGUCGGCCCCAAUUCCUCACCACAACCUGGAAACUGUCUGAUUCACACGACCUCUCAUUUCUUCCCGGCGCACGCUGCUCAAGCUCCCAGCACCUGUUGCGAAAUACCUUGAAACAGAUCAUAGCCUCCACUGCUGGGCGAGAGUCGCUGGCAUGAUUGCAGCUGUUGCACGCAAUUUUGAACCGACAAAACAGAGCAACAGCGCGUGUAGUUCUUACCAUAACUUCACUUCCGGCGCCCCAUGAUCCACGCCAUACGAUGCGUCGAAGCUACGACUCUGUUUGACUCACCAGUUCUAAUACACAAUCCCGCCACGAUUAAAUAUACUUUCACAUCCUUUCGCUCGAUACAGCCCUCCGGCCUCGUUGGCAUUUACACGCUCCACGACGGCGAAUAUCAAAGCAACCCACAGCGAGCAUGGUAUCGGUCCCCUCCGCCAGCGUGUCGAACGGAUCCAUCACCACGAUCAGCACCAAUGCACAUGCCAAAGAUUCUCCCGCCAUGACCACGCCUUCAGCUUCCAUCGCAAACGGGGCCAAGUCAAAAGCGGCGCAGGUCAACGGGAAUGGCUAUCACCCGCCAAAACCUCAAGUGCCGCUGAGCUCCAUGAAGAGCGCGCCUCUCGACCUGUCGUCAGUUGAGCGCCGCGGGCAACCUACCAUGUGCAAGGAGCCCCUCAAGAAGAAGAACAGGCCACACGGGCUGCAGGAAGCGCCGACGUACCAGCCAACGGAGGAGGAAUGGAAAGAACCUUUCGAGUACAUCAGGAAAAUCUCAAAAGAGGCGAGAGAAUACGGUCUCUGCAAAAUAAUUCCACCAGACUCUUGGAACCCCGAAUUCGCCAUCAAUACAGAGAAAUUUCAUUUUCGAACGCGGAAACAGGAGCUCAAUUCUGUUGAAGGCAGUAAGGCUCCCCAUCUCAAGUUAAAUCCCCCUUCUUCAUUGGAGCGUCAUACUGAGGGUGACUCGUCAGGUACCCGUGCGAAUCUCACCUACCUGGACGCGCUCCAGAAAUUCCACAAACAACAAGGUAACACGAACUUGACGAGAUGGCCGUACGUCGACAAGAAACCACUGGACCUGUACCGGCUCAAAAAAGCCGUCGAGGCCCGCGGUGGGUUCGAGAAGGUGUGCAAGCUGAAGAAGUGGGCAGAGAUUGGUCGUGACCUGGGGUACAGUGGCAAAAUAAUGUCGUCUCUGUCCACCUCACUCAAGAACUCGUAUCAGAAGUGGCUCUGCCCCUAUGAGGAAUACUUACGGACCGCCAAACCUGGCGUCUACCAGCAGCUAGAGCUGGAGUAUGGCGGCCCUCUAACUCCCAGCCCAGCCCAGAGCCCGAUGAAGCGGUCAAAUGUCAACACGCCCUUAAGUCUCCGUGCCGAGUCACCGGCCAGACAUGCGACAGACGCGCUACAGGCGACCAUGAACGGCCACAAGGAGACUGACCAAGACGUCCAAAUGUCCGACACGCCCGCAGCUAGUACACCACAGGUCUCAUCAGGCUUCACGGCGACCAACUCGGGAGGCUUCACUGCCAUCAAUUCCGGCUUUACGAGUAUCAACCGACCCCAAAACGUGGCUUCGGAGAACAAGAGUCUCUCCACACCAAAACAGUACAGCACGCCGCUCGCGUCCUCGAAAAACACACCAGAAUACCGACCUUCAUCCCUUGGCCCUGCUGGAUUCAAGCGACAACUUAGUUGCGACGAUGUGGAGAAGGACUCGCCCUGUGACAAGGACGAUGUUGAUGGCAGCCGAAGAAGCAGCAAGCGGCUGAAGAAGGGUAAUGUUCCCACUGUAGCGGGUUCGCACAUGUCACUCUUUCGUCCAUCGGCUCCUAGAAUACCCCGAGAUGAGGCUCUGGGCUCGGGUGAGCGAUGCGAGACCUGCGGCAAAGGUCAGGAGACUGACGGCUUCCUGCUCGUUUGCGAGUCCUGCGAGCAUGCUUACCAUGGCGCUUGCCUUGACCCGGCAGUUAAAGUCAAGCCGGAGACAGAGUGGAACUGCCCCCGCUGUCUUGUUGGCGAUGGCCAGUUUGGCUUCGAGGAAGGUGGACUGUACUCGCUAAAACAGUUCCAAGAGAAGGCGGCCAACUUUAAGCAAGGUUACUUCGAGAAGAAGAUGCCCUUUGACCCUGUCCUCAACUGCCAUCGACCAGUUACCGAAGACGACGUCGAGCAGGAGUUCUGGCGCCUAGUUGCCGACUUGGAGGAGACGGUGGAAGUCGAAUAUGGUGCUGAUAUCCAUUGCACAACCCACGGCUCUGGAUUUCCGACCAUCGAGAAGAACCCCACCGACCCCUAUUCGACCGAUCCCUGGAACCUGAACCUUUUACCCCUGCAUCCAGAAAGUCUCUUCCGCCAUAUCAAGUCUGACAUCUCCGGCAUGACAGUUCCGUGGGUUUACGUCGGCAUGAUUUUCUCCACUUUCUGUUGGCAUAACGAGGACCAUUACGCGUAUUCGGCCAACUAUCAGCACUUCGGAGCCACCAAGACUUGGUACGGGAUCCCCGGAGAUGAUGCCGAGAAGUUUGAGAAUGCAAUGAGGGAGGCCGUCCCGGAGCUUUUCGAGACGCAGCCAGACCUUCUGUUCCAGCUUGUUACUCUUUUGACCCCGGAUCAGCUGAAGAAGGCCGGUGUUCGAGUCUAUGCGCUUGAUCAACGCGCAGGACAGCUGGUCAUCACCUUCCCGCAAGCCUACCACGCCGGCUUCAACCAUGGAUUCAACUUCAAUGAGGCUGUGAACUUUGCUCCCAGCGACUGGGAGCCCUAUGGGCUAGCAGGUGUCGAAAGGUUGCAGGCCUUCCGUCGGCAACCGUGUUUCUCGCAUGAUGAGCUCCUGUGGACCGCGGCGGAAGGUAUCACCAACGGGGGACUGACGAUCCAGACCGCCAAGUGGCUGGCUCCUGCGUUGGCUAGAAUACACGAACGGGAACUCGACCAAAGACAGGUAUUCACAGGCAAGCAUGAGUUCAUCGCCAAACGGCUCGAAUCAAAGCACCCGGUUGAGCAUCAUCGCUGUGUCUUCAAGGGAGAGAAGGACCCUGAAUGCCCGCUGAUCUUCAAGAUCGAGGACGUUGAUGUUCCCGAGGAAGAGUCCUCGUGCUUUUAUUGCAAGGCUUUCACGUACUUGUCGAGAUUUGUUUGCCAGAAAACCGGCAAGGUUUUGUGUCUCUUGCAUGCUGGCAGCCACCCAUGUUGCGAUUACAGCGACUCUGAGCGCUACCUCGGCAAGGACCAUGUCUUGUACUACCGCAAGACGGACGAACUCAUGGCCGCGACGUACAAGAAGGUGGCCGACCGCGCCAAUGUCCCAGAAGCAUGGGAGGAGAAGUACGAGAAACUCCUGGACGAGGAAGCCAAACCUUCUUUGAAGUCUCUGCGGGCUGUGCUCAGCGAAGGUGAGAAGAUCCCAUACGAACUGCCUUCACUCCCAACCCUCCGAGCCUUUGUUGAGCGGUGCAAUACUUGGGUUGAGGAGGCAACCAACUACACAGUUCGGAAGCAACAGAACCGGCGCAAGAAUGAGAAGGCCUGGCAAAUCGGGACAAGGAAGUCAAUCGGCAGUUCUUACCAGGACUCGAAAGAGCGAGAGAUGCGCAAUGUUGCCAACAUCUACCGUCUCCUAGACGAGGCUGAAAGGAUUGGCUUCGACUGUCCGGAGAUACUCCAAUUGCAAGAACGCGCUGAUGCGAUCAAGACUUUCCAGCAUGACGCAGUCCGUCUCCUCGAGUUUACCACAGACCAUGAUAUUGAGCGGGUCGAGAAACUUCUUGAAGAGGGGCAGAGCUUUAACGUGGACAUUCCCGAGGUGGAGAAGCUGUCGCGUCUUUUGGAGCGAGAGCAAUGGAAUGCCAGAGCCCGGGACAGCAUUGGAACCAGCAUGACACUGAACGAUGUUCGUCUUCUUCUUGAGGAAGGUCAACGCCUUGAAAUCCCGCCAUAUAACGACCAACUGAACCACUUUUCGGAGAAGCUUGCCGCCGGUCACCUGUGGGAGAAGACGGCACAGGACCUCAUCAACGCCGAGGUGGUUCACUAUCCCCAACUGCAAGCCCUUGCGGAUCAAGUCCGUGAAAACGCCUUGCCCGUCACACCGGAGACCCUGGCUGCCGUGGAACAGAAGCUUCACAAGCAGCGCGAGGCUGCAAGACAGAUAGAGGAUCUGAACAGGCGCCUCAACAGCCCCGACUAUCGACAACGACCAAAGUAUGGCGAGAUGGCUGACGUGAUGAAGAAGAUAGAGGAACUUCAAGCCAAGCCAUCUGGCAUCCAUGAGCUCGAGAAGGAACAGAAGCGGCACGAGGACUGGAUGAGAAAAGGCAAGAAGCUGUUUGGGAAGACUAACGCUCCUUUGCACAUUCUCAAGUCGCACAUGGAGUACGUUCUUGACCGUAACGUGGACUGUUUCGACUUUGUUCACGACAAGCCCCGUGUCCCCGCUGAGCCCCAAUCGAGAGAGCCAAGUCCGUCAGAAAGGGAGAAGACAAAUCGGUGGGACGAUCCCAAAUUCCGGGAGGUCUUUUGCAUCUGCCGCCGUACCGAGGCUGGCAUGAUGAUUGAAUGCGAGCUCUGCCAUGAAUGGUAUCACGGCAAGUGUCUCAAGAUCGCUCGUGGCAAGGUCAAGGAAGAUGACAAGUACACUUGUCCAAUUUGCGACUGGCGUGUCAAGAUUCCACGCGAUGCCGCUCGUCCCAAACUUGAAGAUUUGGUUCAGUGGUAUGAGGAGAUUAUUAGCCUCCCAUUCCGGCCAGACGAGGAAGAGGUCUUGAAGAAGAUCAUCGACAACGCCCAGAACUUCCGCAACCACAUCGCUGGCUUUUGCAGCCCCGUGGUCUCGACAGCGUCCGAGGCAGAGACACAGCGCUUUUACCUACGCAAAAUUGAGGGUGCCGAGAUCCUCCUGGCGUACGAGACCAACUUCUUCCGACAAGAACUUCACAAGUGGUGCCCUGUUGCCCCGGAGCCUCCCCCGGUACUUGAGUCUUCUAAGAGCACACGCAAGCCCAGGCCAACCAAACUGAUGAAACUUCUCCUUCAAUACGGAGUGGAUGAUGCAGACGAUUUACCCGAGAGCGUGAAAGGCAAGGCCAACAGCCUCAAGCGCAAGGCCCAGAAUGCCGAAGCUGCUGCGGCUGCUGCCGCCGGCGGAGGUGCUUUGGCCGCAAGUCCCAGUUACAGAGCGCCUGGCCACCCAUUCUAUUCUCGCAACUCGUCCGCUCAACCGUCAACCCCUGGUCUCUCGAUGCCGCCCAACCACCAUCCUUCAUCAUCCCACAGCGCCGGCCUGGACUCGUCCUCUCAUCCGAAUCAGUCUUCCUACUUUCUCCCAACAGGGCCCCACCUCCUGUUGAGCGACAGCUCCACGCAGCACUUUGAGCAGCGUCUGAUCGAGGGCAAGGUCGAUGACCGGGAACUGAACGAGCAUCUCUCCACCGAUGAGGGGAGAACAAGGAUUAUGGAGAUCUUGUCUCGGACGGAGACCGGCAAGCAACGUGCCAAGGACCUGUUUGGUCCCAAAAUCUGGGGUCCUACGGCUGCUGCCAACGCUGGCUCGUCAGGUCCUCGGGAUAACGAUCCCCUUGGCAUCGGCAUGGGAGGAGACGGCGAUGGGGACGACAGCAUGUUUGUUGACCUGGUCAAUGAGGAUGACGACGAGGAUAAGAAAGCCGCCAUCGAUCAUGCCCACCAUGAUGCGGAUAUUCACAUGGAGGACGACCAUGGAGGCGAGGCUGCUUCACUCAUAGAACUGGGGCAGUAG